AUGACGGACACUCAGAUCGAGAAAGCAGACGGCAGCGUCUCGCCUAUGCCGUCCCAGUAUGAGACGCAGCAGGUCACCUUUACCAGCCUGGCAAAAUAUUUCGGGUCACGCCUGCCAACGCUGGUGCCGCCGAUGAACAAAGCUCCCAACCCAUUUGGCGCGCUUCGUCUCUUGAAUAGUCAACAAUGGCUUUUCUUCUUGGUCGCUUUCUUCGGCUGGUCCUGGGACGCAUUCGAUUUCUUCACCGUCUCGCUGACGACAUCCCAACUGGCCGAAUCAUUUGACAAGUCCAUCUCCGACAUAACCUGGGGAAUCACCCUGGUGUUGAUGCUCCGGUCGGUGGGUGCCAUUGCUUUUGGGAUUGCCUCGGAUCGCUGGGGCCGAAAAUGGCCCUUCAUCGUGAACAACGUCCUGUUCAUCGUGCUGGAGCUGGGCACGGGCUUCUGUCAGACCUACAAACAAUUCCUGGCCUGUCGGGCCCUGUUCGGAAUCGCUAUGGGUGGUCUGUACGGAAAUGCAGCGGCAACGGCACUGGAGGACUGUCCGCAGCAGGCACGCGGGAUCGUGUCAGGUCUGCUGCAGCAAGGGUAUGCUUUUGGCUACCUGCUUGCUGCUGCAUUCGCGCGCGCUUUUGUAGACACGACUCCUCACGGAUGGAGACCGCUCUACUGGUUUGGAGCUGGACCUCCCGUGCUGAUCAUCAUCUUCCGUCUGUUCCUCCCCGAGACCAAGACGUUCCAGGAGCGUCAGGCCACCCGCGAGAAUAACUUGGACGGGAAGACGUCGGAAUUCCUCGAGCAGAGUAAGGUAGCUGUGAAGCGUCAUUGGCUGCUCCUGGUAUAUUUGGUCUUGCUCAUGGCAGGGUUUAACUUCAUGUCACAUGGAUCUCAAGAUCUGUACCCGACACUGCUCAAGAGUGAGUUUGGCUUCUCUGCCAACGAGGUUACGGUCACGCAGGUUGUCGCCAACCUUGGAGCCUUGACAGGCGGCACCAUUUGUGGCUGGGCCAGUCAGAUCUUCGGCCGCCGCUUUUCUAUCAUCGUGAUCAGUAUCGUUGGUGGUGCACUUUUAUACCCGUACACCUUCGUCACCUCUACCAACGUGAUGGCCGCCGCCUUCUUCGAGCAGUUCUGCGUACAAGGCGCCUGGGGCGUGAUCCCUAUCCACCUGAUGGAGCUCUCACCCGGAGCUAUCCGCACGUUCGCCGUCGGUACUGCCUACCAGCUCGGAAAUCUGGUCUCUUCGGCCAGCUCCACGAUCGAAUCUACGAUCGGCGAACGCUUCCCGCUGCCCCCGACGAAGACGGAGGAGCAUCGAUACGAAUACGGCAAAGUGAUCUGCAUCUUCAUGGGCUGUGUGUAUGGCUAUGUCAUUCUAGUCACCCUUCUAGGGCCAGAGAAUCUCGGUCGGAACUUUGACGUCGCACACGACUCCGACAUGGCCGUGGUGGCAGCGCACCGCACGGGGGCAGAUGAAACUUGGACUCUGGAUAAUUUCAUUGCUGCCAUUGCCAACCUCUAUGUAUUUAUCGGCGCCAACGACAUCGACGGGAUCGAGGAGUGA